AUGAGAACUUUCCUUAUUUUCAUUUUCAGUGUUAUCUUCCUUUUUACCACUUUAUUUGCACAAACAACUUCAGUUGAUCGAGCCCAAAAACUCUCAUUCAAUUUUAAGAUCUCAAACCUCUCUAAGGAAACAACUCUAAAUACACCAGAACUGUGCUUCAAAGCACACCUCUUCUGCUCCUCUUACGAGGAGGUUGGUCCUUUGGGAGGUUAUCAAAGGUUUAGGCAGUAUCGGAGUGAAGACAAAUCGAAGGAGGUUGGUCCUUUGGGAGGUUAUCAAAGGUUUAGGCAGUAUCGGGGUGAAGACAAAUUGAAGGAGGUUGGUCUUUUGGGAGGUUAUCAAAGGUUUAGACAGUAUCGGAGUGAAGAAAAAUCGAAGGAGGUUGGACCUUUGGGAGGUUAUCAAAGGUUUAGACAGUAUCGGAGUGAAGACAAAUCGAAGGAGGUUGGACCUUUGGGAGGUUAUCAAAGGUUUAGACAGUAUCGGAGUGAAGACAAAUCGAAGGAGGUUGGACCUUUGGGAGGUUAUCAAAGGUUUAGACAGUAUCGGAGUGAAGACAAAUUUGUUGAACCAGGAGUGUUUUUUAGGGAGAAAUCCCUGAAGAGAGGGACAGUAAUGUUAAUCCCUGACAUUACUGACAAACUCCCGCCGAGAGAGUUUCUGCCGAGUUCCAUUUUCAGUCCCGCCGCAUCUUCUAAGGUACAGCAAGUCUUUAAUGUUUUUAAGAAUAAUCCAAAAAUGAAAAAGAUGAUGAGGAUGGCUAUGAAUGAUUGUGAAAGCCCGGCUAGUGAAGGAGAGGUAAAAAAAUGUGUUGUGACGGUGGAAGAUAUGGUUGAAUUUGUAAAAUCCGUUUUGGGUGAAAAUAUUAGUGUCAAAACAACUGCCAAUGUUAACGGUUCUGGAAAAAAGAUUCUCUUGGAUCGGGUUGAAUUAAUUACCAGUGGAUCUGUUGUUUCAUGUCAUCAAUCUUUAUUUCCAUCCAUUAUGUAUCAGUGUCAUCAUGUUCCCACUGUCAGACUUUAUAAGUCUCAAAUGUUGGAUUUAGCAUCCAAAACCGUUAUCAACACUGGAAUAGCUAUAUGCCACGUUAACACAACGGCAUGGGCCCCAACUCACAGUGCUUUCCACUUACUUGGCCCUGGACCCGGGAAGAUUGAGGUCUGCCAUUGGAUCUACGAGAAUGACCUUGCAUGGAUUGUUGGUUGA